UAGCGUCCUCCCUCCGGCUGCCACGCGAUGCAGGAUGCCUUCGGAUGCCCGGUGACAACACCUCAGCGACGCACUGCCCGGGCGCGCGGCUCGCUGCUCGCCGUGCAGCUCACCGUGUGGUGGCCCAUGUACCUGGCGUUCAACACCUGGGGCCGCGCCUACCCGCUCUGGGCCUCCCACCUCAACCCCUGCGCGCCCAUCUUCGCCGGCUGCUGGGAGCACGUCGGCGGCGCCUGGUGGCCGCCAUCCGCCUAGUGUUGUUGCAGUGUCGAGCAUUGGCCGAUUGCUGGAGAUCCGUCCGUACUCUUGGAAGCCUUUGAGGUUCUCCCUUUUCGGCAAAUGAGUGCAGGUGGUGCUUUUGGUGGAAAUAGGGGGGUGAGGCCCGUACCUCCUGAGAAAGGUGUAUUCCAUUUGGAUCACUUACAUGAGUGUGACUUGGAGAAGAAAGACUAUCUUGCCUGCCUGAAAUCUACAGGAUUCCAGUCUGAAAGAUGCUGUCAGUUCUCAAAGAAGUAUCUGGAAUGUCGGAUGGAGAGAAACUUGAUGGCAAAGCAAGACAUGUCAGAGCUUGGAUUCAGAAAUUUGGACGAAGUGGAAACCGCUCCUGACAAAAUCAGCAGACUAGAGAGCUCUACUAAUGAGCCAAAGGAGAAAAAAUAGCUGCUUGAUUUUGAUGUACCUUUUGUAUGUUUCUGGCGCAAGUUCUUCAUCCAGGAGAUCUAUCAAGAUCUGAGAACAAAGAAGGGUACAAUAAAAAGGAAAACAAUACAAUUUUACAACAAAUGCUGAAACUUGUGUAUUUGCGGCUUUGAUGAUAUUAAGGGCCCUAGAUUAUAUUUAACCAUACAUUUCUGGAUACAGCUUUUGGCUUUAUUCCAUUCAUCCUUUUUUGGCUAUGUAUAGGGAAAAAACGACAAGCAUGUUAAGUUUGUGCUGGCGUUACUAAACAAGAUAGUUACUAUGCUA